AUGGAUGUGGACGCAGGCGGGGCGCCGCCGCUGGAGCUCGCGCAGGAGCGGCUGGUGGCGGGCCGGCGGGGCGCGGAGGGCGGUGGGAAUGUGGUGAGCGCAGAGGAUAUCGUUGCGCCGGACUGCUCGACGCCGCUGUCGUCGGCAGAGGUGUUGGAAGAGCUUAUUGGGGGGGGAGGCACGGCGGGAAGCGGGGGCAGCGGGCGCGGGCUGCGUGGGACCGGGUCGGCGCUGCAGCUACUGGACGAUACGCAGGUGACAGCCGUGUCCGGGGCGCUGGCAGGCUUUGUGUCGGGCAUAAUGGUGUGUCCCUUGGACGUGGCGAAGACGCGGCUGCAGGCGCAGGGUGCGGGCUCGGGCGAAAGGUACUACCGCGGGAUCGUGGGGACGCUGAGCGCGAUCCUACGGGACGAGGGUGUGGCGGGCCUGUACAAGGGCCUGGCGCCGAUCGUGCUUGGGUACUUUCCCACGUGGAUGCUGUACUUCUCGGUGUACGAGAAGUGCAAGCAGCGGUACCCCAGCUACCUGCCCGGGGGCUUCGUGUCCCACGCGGCGUCUGCGUUGACCGCAGGCGCCAUUUCCACUGCAUUAACGAACCCGAUCUGGGUUGUCAAGACGCGCCUCAUGAUACAGUCCGACGUGAGCCGCGACUCCACUAACUACCGCAGCACGCUGGACGCCUUCCGCAAGAUGUACCGGUCGGAGGGCCUGAAGGUAUUCUACUCGGGGUUGGUACCGUCGCUCUUCGGCCUGUUCCACGUUGCCAUCCACUUCCCGGUAUACGAGAAACUCAAGAUCUGGCUCCAUCGCAACACGCCGGCCGCGGACGGCCAGCGCCUGGACCACAACAAGCUGCAACUGGACCGUCUGAUUGUGGCCUCCUGUCUAUCUAAGGUUGUGGCCAGUGUGAUCACGUAUCCGCAUGAGAUCCUGCGCACACGCAUGCAGGUCAGGCAUUCAGGCGUGCCGCCCAGCCUGCUGAACUUGCUGGGCAGGAUACGUGCCUCGGAGGGGUACGUCGGGUUCUACUCCGGGUUUGCAACGAACCUGGUGAGGACUGUGCCUGCCUCCGUUAUUACUCUGGUCUCGUUCGAGUAUUUCCGGAAGUACCUCAGAAUGUGGAACGAGGGUCUAAUGUGA